AUGACAUUUCCCGCAUCCUCUCCUCACUGUGUGCCUGGUGCGUGCAUGGGUGAUGCUGCCUGGAGUGUGUCUUGCGUGUGUCUGGCGUGUGUCUGGCGUGUGUCUGGCGUGUGGAUGACACGUGCAUGGUGCAUGUGUGCGUGGGACGUGCAGGGGGUGGAUCGGUCCAUUCGGGGAGAGGUGUGGGAGUUUUUGCUGGGGUGCUUCUCCCUCGACUCCACUGCUGAAGAGCGCAACUACGUGCGCGCCGCCCGCCGUGAGCGGUACGCACAGCUGGUGCAGCAGUGUGCGCGAAUGCACGGGCGCGUGGGCACGGGGCAGCUGGCCUUCCCCGUGGGCUCGCGCAUCAUGGACCGCACGCGCAGCACUGAUGUGGGGCUGCUGACGGGGCGAGGGGGGGCAGUAGGAGCGGCGGUGGGUGCAGAGGCGCCUCUCACUCGCGCCCGCAGUGCUCGCACUGACGACCCCCUCCCUGGCCCCUCUGCUAGUGCGGAGGGCUCACAGUUAGGCAGCACAGGCACAGGCACAGGCAGAACGUCAGGGGAGUGUGAGAGCGCAGGAGGUGCUGGUGGUUCAGCCGGUGCUGAUGGCACAGCCAGUGCUGCUGGUGCUGAUGGUGCUGAUGGUGCUGAUGGUGCUGGAAUUGCAGAUGGCGCAGCGGGGGCAGAUGCAGCGAUUUGGCCUGGUGCAGCAGCAGCAGUUGGGGAGGAAGGGGAGGGGGGCGGCACAGACGAUGGGGUGGGCGGGGAGGGGCAGCGGCGCAAGGGGAAGAAAAAAUGGACGAGACUGCUGCCAGGCAAGGGGAAGGAGGGGAAGGAGGGGAAGGAAGGGAAGGAGGUAAAGGAGGCGAGAGAGGGGAGGGAGGGCAAGGAGGGGAAGAGUCGGGUGCUGGCAGGGGUUGGAUCCGCUAGUGGCAACGCCCUGCUGGACCCAGACGUCCUCGUUAUAGAGCAAGGAGGGGAGGCAGAGGAAGAAGAGGAGGGCGGGGGGAUAGCUGCGGAGGAGGAGGGUUCUGUGGGGGGAGGAGGCGGAGGGGAAGGGGGGAUGGGCGGGGGAGCAGGGGGAGAGGGCAAGGGGCCCUGGCAGAGGGGAGUGAAGAGUGUUAAGAAGGCGCAUAAGAAGCUGCGCGGGUACUUGGGCGCAGGGGAGAGCGCAGGGGGGGAAGAGGGGCACGGGGAAAGCGGGGACGGGGGCGAGGGGGGCGAGGGGAGGGGGAGGGCGGGGGGAGCAGCGCGGGAAGUGGCGGGUGGGGGGGGUGCGGGGGGUGUGGGUGUGGGGAGAGCGGGAGUGGGAACGGGAGCAGGAGGGGGGGGACUGGGGGGGCUGGGAGGGGGGAUGGGGGGGAUACAGAGGGGUUUGAUGGCGGGAGGAAACCGGCUGAAGAAGGUUCUUAGUGCGGACUGGGGGGGUGUCUCUGUAGAUGAUUUGCUUGCGUCUAUUCGCAACCCCUCCCACUCCUCUGCCACCUCUGCCACUACCACCACUGCGAGCCCUGCUAACACUACCACUGCCACUGCCGACACUGAUAACACUCUCAGCACUGGUAGCGCUGGCAGUGGCAGUGGCAGAAUAGCAAGCGCUGCUGGGAUUCCAAAAGGGAAUAGGAUGGGUAGUGUUGGGGAUGGUGGCAGUGCGAACACUGGUGGUGCUGGGGUUGGGUGGGGAGAGAGGCGGCGGGGAAAGGAAGGGGGGGCAAGUGAGUUGGGGAGUGUUUCAGAGAGAGUGGAAGGGGAGGGGGAGGAGGGCGAGAGGGAGGAGGGGGAGUGGCAAGUAGUGGGGGCAGCAGAGUGGGAGGGGCGUGGGGCAGUUGCAGGGGAGGGUGGGGUGCAGGAGGGCAGGGGGCAGCGGAUUGGGGGGUCGGGGCGGAGAGAGGCAAAGUGGGAGGUAGAGGAGGAAGAGGAGGACGAGGAGAGAGAGGAGGGGGAGUGGAGAGGCGAGGCGGAAAGAGCGAGGACUGGGGGAGGGGCGGAGCGCGGAGGGCAAUCAGCAGCAGCUUCUGGGGAUGGCUGGGGCCUCAGUUUCGUGGGUGGAGGGGCGAGCUUCCGUGAAGGAGCAGUGGGUGCAGCAGCAAGAGAGGCAGACGGUGGUGAGGCAGAGAGUAGAGAACGGCGAGGGGAGGAGUCGAAGAGAGAGGAGACGAUGAAAGAGGACGAGGGGCGUGAGGGGGCUGUGCGGUUAGGAGCGGAAGAAGAGGAGGAGGGGGAAGAGGGGGAAGAGGAAGGGCCGUGUGCUAUGGGCAGAGCACUCAAUGCUGAGGGUGAGGGCGGGCGAAAGAGAGAAUUAGCAGGAGGAGGAGGAGGAGGAAGGGAAGGGGCGGAGAAGGCUGGCCCCGGUCGUUCAACGGCCGCAACCCCACCGCUGAGCAGGUGUGGCCGUGGAUCCUGGCUGGGCCAUGAUGAUGGCAAUGAUGCUCAUGGUGGUGGUGGUGGUGGUGGUGGUGGUGAUGAUGAUGAUGAUGAUGAUGAUGAUGAUGAUGAUGAUGAUGAUGAUGAUGAUGAUGAUGAUGAUGAUGAUGAUGAUGAUGAUGAUGAUGAUGAUGAUGAUGAUGAUGAUGAUGAUGAUGAUGAUGAUGAUGAUGAUGAUGAUGAUGAUGAUGAUGAUGAUGAUGAUGAUGAUGAUGAUGAUGAUGAUGAUGAUGAUGAUGAUGAUGAUGAUGAUGAUGAUGAUGAUGAUGAUGGUGAUAAUGAUGGUGGUGAUAAUGAUGCCGAUGCUGGUGGCUCUACUCCCCCUGCCCCCUCACCUAUGCUUUCUUCUCCAUCCUGCUCCCUCCCCUUCCCCCCCCUCUUCCCCUCACCCCACCGCGGAGCAGGUGAUGGCGAUGGGGACGCGGGGGAGGGGGCGGGAAGGAAGGAGGAGGGAGGUGGGGAGGGGGAGGUGGGGGAGGAGGAGGAGGAGGAGGAGGAGGGGGAUGCGCGGUUGACGGUGGAUCCAGUGGUGGCAGAGCAAUUGGGGGUGACUCCUGAGAGGGUGGCGGAGUGGCUGUGGACGCUGCACAAGAUAUCCGUGGAUGUGGAGCGCACGGAUCGCCACAUGGCGUUCUACGCGGAUCGCAGCAACCUGGCAGCCAUGAGCGAUAUCCUGGCCGUGCAUGCUUGGAUCGACCCCGCUACUGGCUUCUGCCAAGGCAUGUGCGACCUGCUAUCGCCAUUCAUCAUUCUCUUCCCGCACCCCGCCGACGCCUUCUGGUGCUUCGAAAGCCUCUUCUCCAGAAUCCGACACAACUUCCUGACAGAGGGUCCGGUGGGCAUCCUGCGGCAGCUAGCUGUCCUCCGGGACGUGGUGGCGCUGGUGGACCCCGAGCUGGCGGGGCACCUGGAGGAGCUGGGCGCCGAUAACUUCAUGUUCGCCUUCCGCAUGCUGCUCGUGCUGUUUAGGAGGGAGCUGCCUCUCUUAGAUGUUAUCGUGAUGUGGGAGAUGAUGUGGGCAGCGGACUAUGAUCCGCGCAUGGCAGCAGUGCUGCUGCACCAUCCCCCCGAAGGCCUCUCCCUGGCAGCCGAGCCCCUCACCUGGUCGGCAGGCCUGCCCCCUCUCCAGCCCCCCUCCUCCGCCCCUGACCCCUCCCCCACACACCCCGCGCACUCCUCCCUCCCCCCGACCCACCCGGACCCCUCCCCCUUCCCCGCCAUGCCCCCCAUCCCCCCGUCCCUCCCCCCGGUGCUCGCCCUGGGGCUGGGGAAGCGGUCUGGGCGCAAGGGGGGGAGCAUGGGGGGAGGCAUGGGGGGAGUGGGGGGAGCAGAGGGGGCGGGGGGGAGGGGGAUGUCGCGGUGGGGGGAGGCGCGGGUGGGGGAUGAGGACUUGGCAGUGUUCUGUGUGUCGGCCAUUCUGAGAGCCAACAGGAAGAGACUGCUGCAAGUGGAAGGCUCAGAUGAAGCCAUUAAGAUGUUCAACGAUGUGGAGCUGGUGUUGGAUGUGGCAUCGUGCGUGCACCUCGCCAUCAAGAUCCGAGCCAAGUACUGCAAGAAGUCUAAUAGAGCAACUCGUGUAUUGCGCUAG